GAGAAUAUAACGCUUGAAUUACGCAGUAUUGAAUUUACUAGAUAUUUAGGAACACUGUCAUGCGCCGUGCGAGCUUUGGAGAAUCCGCGGCACUGUCGUGAAAUCUUUUAAUGAGCUUACUAAGCCUAGAAACCUUAUCGGCAUGUCUCGUGCGAAGUAAGGCGAAAAGCGACAAACCGUUGGUGGCAGUUGUUGCGUGCGUCACGUUGCAGGAAUUUCACGCUUCGUAAAAAGCCGUAAAAAUACGCAGUCUACUCUGAAUUCAAACGCACGUUUACGAUCGUUGAGAAAGCUCGACCAUGAUGAUCGCUAUAUAGUCAGCAUGAAGAAACGUGGAAACAACGAAAAUAAAGGUAGUAAGAGUUGUCAUAAUGGAAGGAAUGCGGUGGAGAAGUCGGAUUUGGGAGGUCUAAGCGAUGACGAGAAUCAAGGUUUUGGAAAUUGGAUCCGAUCCAGCACCGGUAUCGAAAUGAUGCGGCUCUUCGUGAUCGCGAAUUCGAUUUUGGUCUUUGUGACUAUAGCUUGGCCAAACAUGAAAGAAUCCUUUUACAUUAUCAAAGAUUAUCUUGUGGGAGAAGAGGAUUAAGUGAUCUCAAUCGAAAAGAUAGUUUAGGAAUAACGUGAUCAUUGUUUAAUCAAUUUAAAAACAAGUAUGACAAUAUUAUUUUUUCCAAUUAUUACAAUUAUUAUCUGUUAACGUCAAUUUUAUCUUUCAUGUCAUUGAUUAAUCUCAAGCAACAACUGUCUUAAAUUCAACAUUAAUAAUAGAACAA